AUGCCUCUGCGAUCGGAAGCCUCCUCCUCGAGGGACACCCUCAACACCGUUACAACCACGGACGACCGACGACGGACCGGAAGAUACGUCGCCGGUGGAGCGGCGCUCGCGAUCACGCUGCUGGCGCUGCAUCAUGUACUUCUGCGGGACACCUCGAUCAUAGCCGGCGUCUGCAUACCGGCCAUAAUAAUGGUGUCCUACAUUAUUUGGAUUUUGUAUUCCGCCCACCGGGACCGGCGAAAGGCGUUGAGAUUCGCGAGGGCGAUGCAGCUGACGGAAGUGAUUAGCGUGCCCGGCGGACCAAGGAACAGCGUCGCGAGCAAGAAAGAUCCCCGAAAGGAUUGCCCGAAAUUGAGCUACGACGCGGGACAGUCUCGAGAGAAUCCUGCGUUCUCCGCCAAGGACUGA